UUGAGGUUCUGAAGAAAUUUCUCAAAAGGAAGAAUCCUAAAGUCCUACAUCUUCUACCCUUUACCCCUCAUUCCGAGAAUCAUGGAUCAUCUCAACCUGACUUGGACCCAGACUUUCAUCCUUGACGGUUUUACUACCACUGCGACACUACGACCUCUUGCUUUCUUGGGGACCCUAUGCAUUUACCUCCUCACCCUUGCAGGGAACUUGUUCAUCAUUGUCCUGGUUCUCACUGAUUCUGGACUGUCCACACCCAUGUACUUCUUCAUCAGUGUCCUCUCUUUCCUGGAACUCUGGUAUGUCAGCACCACGGUGCCCACACUGCUGCACACCUGGCUCCACGGGCGCUCACCCAUCCCGUUGGUCGCCUGCUUCCUCCAGCUGUAUGUCUUCCAUUCCUUGGGCAUGACUGAGUGUUACCUGUUGGGAGUCAUGGCGCUGGACCGCUACUUAGCCAUCUGCCGCCCACUGCACUACCAGGCACUCAUGAGCAGACAGGUACAGCUGUGGCUAGCAGGGGCCACCUGGGUGGCUGGCUUCUCAGCUGCGCUUGUGCCAGCCAGCCUCACUGGCACUCUGCCCUACUGCCUGAAGGAGGUAGCCCAUUACUUUUGUGACCUGGCUCCACUAAUGCGGUUGGCGUGUGUGGACACCAGCUGGCACACUCGGGUCUAUAUUACAGUGAUUGGCAUGAUCAACACAUGUGAUCUUGUUAUCAUUUUAGGACUCUAUGGGGGCAUCCUGAGGGCUGUGCUGAAGCUGCCCUCUGCUGCCAGUCGUGCCAAGGCCUUCUCCACCUGCUCCUCCCAUAUUAUUGUGGUAAUGCUCUUCUUUGGAUCUGCCUUCUUUGUGUAUGUUGGGCCACCUGAGAUCCGAGCUGAGGGCAGAGAUAAACUCAUUGCCUUGGUGUACACUUUUCUUACCCCUUUUCUUAACCCUAUCAUUUAUGCUCUUCGUAACAAGGAGGUGAAAGAGGCUGUUAGGAGGGUCAUCCAGAGGAUGAGGACUGUAUUGAAGACACCCUGAGGUCCUUUAAGGUUAUGGUUCAUCCAUUUGGUAAUUGUAGGAUUUAAUUGAUUAGCCAAGGAAACCAAUUUAUUAUUCAAAUACUCUGUGAAAUGUACAAUUAAAAUGGACUGAUUCUUGGAUUAGGGCAAAUUGAGAAAUAUAGAGGGAGGAGAAACAUAGUCCCUGGAUCUACUAAUAGGGGAGAAAGACCACAUAAGUGAAGAAAUAGCAAAACCAAUAAUUAGAAAGAAACACAAAUUUCUAGGUAGACAGAGUUUGGGUUUGUGCUGAGAAAAUUUGAAGAACCGACAUUGACUCUGUGGUUGUAAUUAAGACUGGAUACUUAGGAUCAAGAAGGUUGUAAGUGAGAUUAACUAAAAGAAACAUAUAAGGACACCUGGGAUAAAUGUUCAGAAAUGGACUGAACAUGAAAAGAGUGCCCACAAGAAUAUGAAGUCGAGUGUUCUCUGGUGAUCUCAUAGGAAAAGACGUUUUCAGGUGGAGAAGAGAAUUUGUCUAACAGGACACUGAAGACAAAGAUGCUCAGUAUAUUGGUGGUCUGAACUGAGCUAUAGAUAUCCAUCUUGUACUUUGAAUUUGAAAUAAGUACGUCAACCAGGAAAUAUCAUCAAUGGAGUCCCCUGUGUGCAAAAAUUGCUCGAGGAACCAAGAGAAUAUGUUAAAAAAAAACAAAAAAACAGGAACACUUUCUGUUUUCAAGGAGCUGAUCAUCACUGUGUUUUAAGGAAGCAAUUGUCUCACUCUUUCUCUCUCCAAUCUCCCACUUUCUUCCCUACACACACACACACAGACACACACACACCCCAGUAAGCAACAGUCGCAACACGUUGCCUAACACCAGGAAAUAAACUUAAAUUUUACUCUAUGCUUAUCUGCAAUAACAGGUAUUGGCUGGAAGGGAAUGAGGGGGAGAAAAGUGAGUCUCACAGUUUUACUCAGACAUUUUCCUCAAAUUUUGGAAUCCUCAAACCCUGAGCAUCCAGGUGAUACUUGUCUGAAGGGUCUCUUCAGACCAGAGGUAGCUUUGAAAGAUCUUCCUAAGAUUGUCCCGGGAUAACAUGACUAUAACCCUACUGAAAAUACAACACGAAAAAAACCAAACAAACAAAUAAAACCCUCAUUUCAGGUAAAAACUA